AUGAGCAAGUUCCAGUCUGGACGAAGGAAAUCAACGCCUCCGCCGCAGCAUUUUCUCAGCAGGGCGGUGUUGAGGGUCACCGCAUUGUUGUUCUGCCGUCCGGAUACGAGGGUAGAUAUGGUUGACGAAGUCAAUGCCCCUUCCUCCACUAGGGAGUUGGCCCGCCAAGGCCGGGAACACCGCCGCUUGGGCAACGGAUGCAUCUGUGCCGUGCCAGACCCAUCAUCACAACGUGGUCAUCGGUAUAGUCUUGAGGCACAGGACGCGGAUGACUUGGCUUGGAGAAUACAAGUUCUUUUCGAGAACAUGAAUAGCCUUGAGUCUCGCAAUCCCGAGGCAACAACUGGUUUGGCAGCAUAUCUCGUCGGGGCUGCUGCUGCUUGCAGUUUGUCGAGCAACCCUGUCCCAUGGGGGCCAUCGCUCUCCCAGAACGAGAGCGCGAAUAAUCCCAGAAGUCCCAUUCCAUCUCAUUUCUCAUGUAAUGACCCGGACCCAAAUGUUACUCUGUGUCUCUGGGACCUGCAUCAAGCCGAAUUGGUGUGCAUCCAACCUGAAGCUCGGGAAGCUUCUUCGAAGCGAAGGAUGAUUGGUCUGGCUAUUGCUGGUUACGUUGAAAGGCACAGAGCGCCCCAGACUUACUUUGUCGAUCAUUUCAACGUAGGUAUGGCCUAG